AUGUCUACUCCGCAAUCGACCAUCACGAUUUUGGCCCUCCUUCUUGGAAUGCUUCUGACCAUUAUUUCCACCGCGGUUCCGCGAAUUACGCAUGAUUUCCAUAGUUUAAACGAUGUGGGUUGGUAUGGCUCCGCUUUCUUCCUGACCAUGUGUGUCUUCCAAACGUUUUGGGGCAAGCUUUACCGAUAUUGCUCCAUCAAGUACACCUUUGUCGCUGCAAUCCUCAGCUUUGAGUUGGGAACCCUCGGGUGUGCGGUGUCCACGAACAGUGCCGGGUUCAUCGCCGGCAGGGCAGUCGCCGGGUUUGGUGGUGCAGGCGUGAUAUCGGGGACGUAUAUCAUUCUCGCCCAUGUUGUGCCACCUGAGAAAGUCCCUGUCUUCUACGGCUUGAAUGGGAUUAUUUUCACCGUCGCGAGUGUUGCCGGUCCCUUGAUCGGGGGGGCCUUCACUUCUAAUGUGACUUGGCGAUGGUGUUUUUACAUCAAUCUUCCGCUCGGAGGUGUGGCUCUUGCCGCGCUUCUGCUGGCGCUACACCUCCCUCGGAGCUCCCGAUCGACUGCUACCCCAGUGCUAGAGAUUAUCUCCAAAUUGGAUCUCCCAGGCUGCAUCGUCAUCACUGGCGCCCUGGUCUGCUAUCUUCUAGCACUCGAAUUUGGCGGAAUCACCAAGCCCUGGGGUUCUUCGCAGCCCAUCGGCCUGCUGGUCGGAUGGAUCCUCUUGAGUCUACUUUUCGCCGUCGUCGAGUGGUUCCAGAAAGAAGAAGCGCUAGUGGCAUCGCGAUACCUACGCAAUCAUGGGGUUUUGAUUUGCUGCGUCUUUGCCUUCUUUCUGAACGCGGCCAACUACGUUCGCGUCUACUACCUCCCUCUCUACUUCCAAGCGAUCAAGAAUGCCUCACCAGCACGCAGCGGAAUUCUACUGCUCGCAUAUAUCGUUCCUAUGUCUAUUUUUACCAUGCUGGCGGGUGGCCUGCUGAGUAAGGUUGGAUACUAUCAGCCUUUCCUCCUCGUCGGCGCAGCCAUCGUCACCAUUGGUUCCGGAUUGAUCUACACAUGGGAGAUCAACACGUCGUCCGCGAAGAUCAUCGGCUAUCAAAUUCUGGCAGGGAUGGGCGACGGCAUCUGCGUGCAAAUCCCGGUGACUGUCGUCCAGAUCUUUGUACACCAAAAGGAUCUCGCCACCGUGACCGCGUUGGUGCUGUUCUUCCAACUAGGCAGCGGCGUCAUUGGCAUUGCCGCCGGCCAAAGCAUCUUCUCCAACCGGGUGAUCCAGAGCCUGGCCCGGUACGCACCGGGAACCUCCCCGACGACGGUGCUGCAAGCGGGUGCCGCGGAGCUGCAGGCAGUGUUUGGAGAGGCAGAGGUGCAGGGGGUGCGUCGGGCGUACUUGGUUGGGAUCCAUGGGGCGUGGAUCCUGAACCUGGCGCUCUGUGGGGCGGCGGUGGUGGUUGGCCUAUUGGCGCCGCGGAUCUCGAUCGUUGGGAAGACCGGUGUCCAGUCUGCUCCCGAUACUGACAGUGAAACUAAUCCUAGACCCGCUAGCGAGAUGGAUGAGAAAGAGGGAGAGGAGGGAGGAAGUGGUGGUGGCGCCAGGUGACAAGGCUCCUGUGGAGGUUGAGAUCGUCGCCCGGGCCAGGGGUUCUCGACUGAAAUAGGAAGUGCCGAGUGAGAUAAGAGUGGAGAGGAGUGGCGUGCGUGAUGCAGUAUGGUAUGUACGUGUGUUUGUCCGAAGUGCGAUAGGGGUAUAAUAGGUACUGGGGAUAGAUGAUGGCGUGUCUGAUUCUGUUUGCUUGGGGGUGACGGUUAUUGGUUAGAUGAAUUCCGUUGUACCGCAAUAGGUUAUCACAGGGGUCAGGUUCC